AUUGGCUUUAGAGUUACAGCGACUACUUUACUAUACAGACAUUGUUAUUUAUGCCCGUAUACUGAAGAUUCUAUGCCCCAAGGAAAGCAUGUAGCGACGCCCCAACUACCCACAAAAGCCCGAAACACCGUGAAUACCGUGAAAAGGAAGUAGAGCCAAAUAGCUCUCUAUAACCAUGUGGACGAUGAGGGGCUAUCAGCGUGUCUUGCAGCCAAAGCUGCUGGGGUUUGCUGCUGUGCUUCUUUUAGCAGUCGCGCUUGCUCCAAACGGCGCGCAAGGGGCAGCAACUAAAAGCUACAUAAUAACAGGACAAGCUUCCCUGCGGAUAUUCACCGCCUACACCAGGCCAUCCCGCGGCGGCCUACCUGCCAUCCCACCCACCUCCCCAUCUCCCUCACCCUCUGCACCUCCACCUCCGCUCAGCCCCUCCUCCCCACCACCUCCAAAACAACCCCAGCUCGCCUACGCUCACCUCGGCUGCGUCCCCCAGCUCGGCCCCGACGGCUACCUAACCGACGCAGGCUGCGAGCUGCCGCCGCUGACACUGGCCGAGGGCCCUGCUGCCCUGGCGCUGCAGGAGCAGCUCAGGCUGUUGUCGGGGGAGGUGGGACAGCUGCGACUCAACGUCAGCGUCAAUGCGACCGCCGGAGCGCAGCUGCUGUCCGCCGGCCGCCCGCCGGCGCUGCUCAGCUACACGCCAGUGACCCCCUCCGGGGUGCUGGACGACCCCUCAUCCCUCUUUCCCGCGUCAUCCUCCGCCUCGCUACCCACUGUGGUGUUCCUGUUGGACACGUGCGGCUGGAAGAAUCCCUUCCGCAGCGCACAGGGUUUCAAGAAGUACCUGUUAGGUGACGUACCGGGCGCUGUAGAGAAUAACUUGCAGUCGCUGCUGCAUACCUGCUCCCUGGGGGCGAUGCAGCUGCGGCCGGAGAGCACGCUGGUGCUGGGGCCCUUCGCGGUACCAUGCAGCGGCAACACGCGCAUCCUUACCACCACCACUGCCAACAGCAGCAGCAGCGCCCCCAGUGGGACGGUGCGGCUGACUGCGGGCUGGGAUGCCUCUCAGCGGUGCGGUGCGGCGGAGGUGGAGGCUUGGCGCUGGGCGGCGGAGCGCAAGCUGGCAAAGGCCGCAGCCCGCGGCGGUCCCGACUCCACCGCCGCCCUGCUCGCCUCCGCGCCGCGGCACUACCGCUCCCAGGGCGGUCGCACCAGCCUGCUGCUGCUGCCGGACCAGCUGCCCUGCGGCUGGUCGGCGCUGGGCGAGGCGGGGUGCGGGGGGCCCAGCUGCGAGGUGCUGAUGCGGGCAGGGCUGGCGCGGCAGCCGCAGGUGCUGCUGCAUGAGCUGAUGCACACGCGGGGGGUGAUGCGGCAUGCGGCAAGCGGCGGUGACCCCGCCGGCGACCCCUCCGAUCCCCUGGGCGACCUCUCCCCCUCCCUCACCUCCGCCUCCUCCUCCUCCGCCCCCAACGCCACUACCAAGCUGCUCUGCCCCAACGCCGUGAGCGCCAGUCGCCUUGGCUGGGCGGCGCCCAUUGCCUCCGCCUCCGCCCCCUCCUCCUCCUCCGCCCCCAACGCCUCCUCUGACUCCGCAUCCGCUGAAACAGCACCUGGUACGAUCUCGUCUUCAUCAUCAUCAUCAACAUCCUCAUCAUCUUCACCCAGAUCGUACGGCAGAAUCUCCGUCAGCAGUUUCUCGUACGGAGAUUGGAUCCGAGGAUUGAUCCUGCCCGUCGCUGGCACCACCGCCAACAGCUUCAUCGAGGUGCACCUGGGGGCAGCCAGCAUCAACCCUUACACAUGGCAGCCGGUUGGGGCAACGGUGCCGUACCCGACUAUUUAUUUGAGUUACCGUGUACGGAAUAAGACGUACGGAGGUUACGACAGCGGCCUUCCCGAGGCGUUAAGCAGGAAGGUUCACAUUCAUACCUUCAACGGCUCGUUAUUCAACCCUCGGGAUUACAAUGUCAGCAACUUGGAGGAUUGGGGUCCGAGGUUUAACAGGCCUGACCCGGCUUCGGAUUGGGCGGGUAAUGGCGAUAUGUGGGCGAGUGAGUUUGCGCUGGAUGGGGCGACUGGGCUGGGCGGUUCGUUGGUGGUUAGGGUGGUGUCGGUUGGGCCAACGGAAGCGGUUGUAGAUCUGUGCCGUCGUACGGUUGCACGGGAGGACCCGUACGACGACAGCUGUUAUGAUGGCCUCGAUAACGAUUGCGAUAACCGAGUGGACGAGUGGGAUCCCGACUGUCUGAUCAGGUGAGGGUGCGGUGUGUAUGUAUUGAGAAAACUGGCCGCGAGAGGAUUAAGCAGUGCGGUGAUACGGUACCCUCAUAUCGUGUGUCAAUUGAAGAGGCCGCAAAACUGGCACUGACCUUCACUCACCUUCAUGUCGUGUGUCGGUGUGUGUAAGGUGCAUCGUGAGGGUGCAGGUGCGGGUGCAGCGGGAAGCAGGGGUUGGUCGGAGCAUGGCGCCUGCAGGGGUGAUGACUGCUGCUUGUGGUGUGGGGGACUGCUGCUUGUGGUGUGUUGAGAAGGGGACCGUGUGUGGUGAGGGCAUUGCUGUCUCUGCUGCAUGUAUCCGGCGUUGACUGCGUGAUCUGUACCGGUAGUCGAAUGUCCAUGCAAACCUCUGCAGCAGCCCUGCGCCUAUUGACGCCCUCAUGUGUGGGAGCACAUACAUGUGGAUUGCAGCACGGCAUUCCGUGGAUGGACGGAUGGUCUGGUGGAUGGAUGACGGGGUGAGCGUCGCGCUUGCAUGGGGGGGUGGGAGGUCCGGCGUGUGUGUAUGGGGGGUGGGUGGGUGUGCAAAUGCGCUGUUGCGUGUAUAGGUACGGGGCGGAUACCUGUCUUGAAGGAGAGACUUACCGGUAUUACAGCACACCGCCGUUGCGGUGCAACAACUUGUUCGCCAGCAGUUUUGGUGUAAUCGGCCGUUUCCCUGCCUGCACGAGGAUGGCAGCCGGCCAUUUUGGACCGAAAUGACAAAUGAGGUUCAAGCACUUGGAUAGGAUUUGUUUUAGCCAACGUGCUUUUGGCGCGCAAUUGUAAUACAUCAUGCUUCACGGCUAUUUAAACCGCUUGAGUUGUCUAUCAUGCAGCAGUUUGUUGACAUGGCAUGGCGGUGGUGGGCGCAGGUAGCAGGCGACCCUUUACAUCCUUAUCCAUUCAUUUAAAGCGCGCACGCAAUUGUUGUUUACAGCAUUUGCUAGUGUUUGGAACUUAUGGAAACGCCUUUGCCUUCGCAUAGACGUUAUUGCCGUGGACGCUGGGGUGCGCUGUCUUAGCGGUACUGUUCACAAUGUUAUUUUAAAGGCCCCCAAGCGUUAGUAUUGUAAUUAUUCGUUUC